GAUUGUCUCUAUAUAUAUUAGUGUAUGUUUUGAGACAUUAGUAAAUACACAGAGGGAAGAAAAUUAAGACAUAGAAAAAGACAGAGAGAGCCGAGUUGAGGACAGAGAGAGAGAGUCGAGAGUUGCAGAGGAGGCCGGAGGAUUGAGGCUUUGAUGAUCCAGUGAGGAAAAUUCUUUUUCAGUGUACCGAAGAUAAACGGGGAUUGCUAGAUUCGGGCUUAGGUGGAAGAGUUGGCGUUGCAGGAUUUAUUUAUUUAUUUGGAGAAUUUUUGUCUAUAUUAAGGAAGUUGAUUUUGUAUAAAUGAAGGCAUUUUAUUUGUUCCUGAGUGUAUUUUGAUGUAUUUGGAUUUGAAUGAAUUGAGGACUUUACUAGAAAUUUUCGGGUCGUGACAGGCACCUCCUACUCAGUCGUUGUACUCACCUUUUUCUUUGUUAUUUUCAGGUCACGGGAAGAAAGUGGCGGACGACGCUCUUCCACAAGUUUAGAUGGGUUAGUGAACUGUUUUGACAUCUUUUGUAACUGCGAUCACAUUUUUUUUUGUAUAAGCCUUGGGGUGACACGUAUAUUAUGUAUUGACAUUAAAAUUGACUAUAAUACCCUUAGACAAUUUCAGGUUCGAGUAAAAACCAGAUUAACGAUUCGAACCCUCAUGUUCGGUUCUUACAAAGCCAUUGCAAUUUAUUGGGUCCAAUCAUCACAUGUUUACGUGGCUAUUGCUUUUGCUAUUCUUCACAUGGGACCCACUAUUGGCUAGCCUCAUACCAAACAACUUACUAGCCUCUGUGACUUCCCAGCUACCAAACCAGCCACUACUCCGGUUGCUCUAAUCCACUACUUGAAUUUUCAUUAAAUAAUAUGAUUUCAAUAUAUACCAACCAAAGUCUAUCCACAGUGGCGGAACAUUUCUACUUUGAAUUUUCUUUCAGUCUUCUACUGAUUGACUUAUGAAUGUGACAUGCUCACGUUAUCCACAGCUUCUAGGAAAAAUAUCAGAAAUCGUUUCUUUACCACUUGGAAAGCUUUAGUAUGACACUCGGAUGUGUCUUCAAACUUUGAUAUUCCUUCUCAGACACUUCGCAGUUAGAAGACCAAUUCACUUGGAGAAAUUCAACACCAAUCACAUUCCUGCAUGGUAGCUUCCAGGAAAAUGAUUCAGCAGCUACUGUGCCACUUGCUUGUUAGACAGAACAUGGCCCAUGUAUCCAUCAAUGAAUAUUGAACAUUGGUUUUCUCGAUGAAUCAUACCCGGAAAAUGAUUCAUCAGCAACUAUACAUAUAGUAGCAUUCACAGGACCAACAACUACAACCCAAGCCCAUCCCUUUCUUCCAAAGAAAAUAAAGCUCAUAACUAAAGAAGGGGGAAGAAAAAAUAAAGAAGAGAGAAAAAGGAAAAGAAAAUGUCCAUCUGCGACUAUUACCAAUACGAGGAAGCCAAUUACUCUUGUAGUUACAAUGAUCGAAUCGUGAUGCUUUUCUGUCAGCAGGACAAACAACACGAAGCACCAAUGCCAUGGAUCGGUAUCUAUGUUGCAGCAGCAUCUCUAGUCUGCUCCCUUGCAAUGGCUGCUGACGUCUUCCACGGUUUUCGCCACAGAAAACUUUGGAUUCCAUGCAAAUUUUUCACUCUCAAUGCCGCUUCCCUCACAUUAUUAGGUGUAGCAAUGAAGCUUCCGGUGGAUCUCAGUACCCAAAUGCCAGGAAAUAUGGAUCAGCUGGUGAAACUUACCGGCACCGUCUUGAUGUCUACAACGAUGGGUAAUUUUCUGCCUUCUUUAGGAACUAUGAAUGACAGAGAAAUUUUCAUGAACAUAACAGCCUUGGCUAUUCUUGUGAUCACCAUUUUUGUAGAUAUCUGCAUCCAAUUACGUACUCAACUAAUAGAUCCUUUUCUUGAGAGAGAAUAUAUUGCAGCUGUGUCUUUCAUGCUUGUUUUGCUUCUAAUAUUGAGUUUCUCCGCUUUGACGGUUUCCACCAUUAGAAAGCGUCUACAACUGAAUUAUGAUGACAUAUACAAAAAGAUUUUGAGUGAAGAAUCAGAGGGAAUCCAAAAGUUUAAAAUUGUUAACUUGAAAGAGGAUGUUAAAAAAUAUUGGAUAAUGACAGAGACGGGUAGUCUUCAAUUUGUUAUAGCACGUUCAGUUACCUGCUAUGUUUCGGGGACAAUUUGUUUUCUGGCUGCUUUCACUUUAGCAGAAGCAAACGUCAGGAUGUGGACCCGUGGUUACCAAUUGUACAUGCAUUAUAUGUACGUGGUUGGAUCAUGUUAUAGGUGGUCAAUCUUUGUAGUUUUUGUGAUUCAGUCUUUUGGGGUGGUAGUAGGUACAAUUGCCGUAGCAUUUAGAUGGUUUGCCGUCAUAAGAUUAAGAUGCUCAGUGAAAAGAGUCAAGAGCUACAGAACUGAGUUGAAUAUAGAGAACUACUGGAUUGAAAAGCUAGUAGGGUGGAGAGAGAAGCCCUUAGCUUUACGGAUCUGGGGCCAAAAAUGCAGAAAACUUGUUCAUUCAACCAAGAAUCUAAUUCUAAACUUCUUUAUACGAGUUCAAAUUACGAUUGUCAUGGCCAGCAAAUUAAUUUUGCUCAUUCCUAUUUUCUUAGUGAGCACGUUGAUGUCAUUUGGUCUCUACUACAAGGUGUUAAAGCAGAAGCUCAGAUACUGUAAGCCUACUACCUCAAACAAUCACAGAGAACCAGAGUCGGGGCCUGGUACAACACUGGAUCUUAGCCGUUAUGUUAUAUAUCUUGAAGGUGAAGAGGAACUGCCCUUACAGAUUAUGAAGAACAAUAGGGAUGCUACUAAUCAUUUUAUUCAGAAGGGUAAAAAGCAGCAACCAAAAUAUUUGAAAGAGCUUUUAGAUCAAUCUACUGCUUUUAUGGGGGUGGAAAAGUUUGACAGUGACCGAGUCCCAUUUCUAAAUUCUGAAGAACCUCCCAAUUGUUGGUCUCUUCCUGUGAUUACACUAACAAGUAUUGCCAUUGCACUUCCAAACAAUGAAAAUCAGAAGGUGAACUGGUUGCGUCGAAGCGUGAGAGAAGGCCUCUUGUAUGUCAACCUUGUAGAAAAAAUUUUGGAUGCCAAAGGAGACUUGGUGAGCAUAAAAAAUACUGCCGACAUAGUGUGGUUUGGAGUUGAUCUCUUCGGCAAGUGGCUAGAUGAAGAUCUCCGAAAAAUCGCUCUUGAAAGAAAAACCUCAAAGGAGACGCUGGAGAGACUUCUUGACAUAUCUAAAAAUAUUGUCAUGGAAUUCAAGGCAAACAUGAAUGGGAAGGAGAACCCUUUGAAGUGGCCCAUGAAGGUUAUUGCUGCUAAUUCAAUGUACAGAAUCAGCCAAACUUUGCUGCUUGACCAAGAAGGCAGCAAAGACCAGAUGGAUCAUGAAAGGCUGUUUGAUCAAUUAUCUGUUAUGGUUGCCGAUAUAUUGGGUGCUUGUCUUACCAACAUGCCACGUGUUAUAACUACAAAAUGCUUUUGCAGUGCCAUAGAAGAAAGGGAGAAAAAUGUUCAGCAUGCAGCUCAUCUUCUUGGUGAAACUGAAGAGAUUCUCGAAAUCCUUCAACAGCGUGAACUUCCUAGUCUGAAUCCUGAUCAGGCGGCUGAUAUCAAUGAGUGGCGUGCUUCAAUGAAGAAGAAAGAUCCCUCGGCUUUUACUUCUUCAUCCAACAGUGGUUCAUCCUCUUCUGGUUCUUGUCAGUUGCAUAUAGCUAUUGAGUAGGAGGGAUGCUUGAGAAAACACAAGCACUUUAUGCCAUCGCUAGUGUUUGGACUUGUUGGAAAUCAAAGAGUGUAGUGUGAGCUGUGGUGCUGUUUGGAGUUGCUGGGGGUGUUUUUAAUUGGGAUCCUGUGUCCUUUUGCUGGUGGUGUAAUUUUCUUUGUUUGGCUGUUCCUUUCUGUAAUAUGGUGAAAAUCUAGUUCAAUAGCCUUUGUAACGGUGAUUGGACACCAAAUAAUAAACACAGAAAAUGUAGGUGGAUUUCGAUUCAUAAAUCGUCUAUUAUAUAUAUAUAUAUAUAUAUAUAUAUAUAUAUAUAUAUAUAUAUAUAUAUAUAUUCU